CCCACCCCCUGGGUAAUCAUGGCGACCCUCAGAGUAUCUGUGUCGCUGUGGAGCCUCCUGCCAGGCUGUCGGGGCACGGAGCGGGCAUGUUUCCAGGCCCGAACUCAGCCCCAGCCCGGCGCCCUGCUCCAGCCGUUGCCCAGGCCCUGCGGGGUGGGGCUGCCAUGCCGUCGGCUCGGCUCCGAGGCCGCAGAAUCUGGUAGCUCAGAGAUCAAGAAACCUACAUUUAUGGAUGAAGAAGUCCAGAGCAUACUCAUCAAGAUGACAGGCUUGAAUUUGCAGAAAGUUUUUAAGCCAGCUGUGCAAGAACUGAAGCCACCAACCUAUAAGCUGAUGACCCAGGCACAGUUGGAAGAGGCUACAAGACAGGCAAUUGAGGCAGCUAAAGUGCGACUAAAAAUGCCACCAGUGUUGGAAGAGCGAGCACCAAUAAAUGAUGUAUUAGCUGAAGAUAAGAUAUUGGAAGGAACAGAAACAGCCAAAUACGUGUUUACUGAUAUAUCAUAUAGUAUACCACACCGGGAGCGUUUUAUUGUUGUCAGAGAACCAAGUGGGACGCUACGCAAAGCAUCCUGGGAAGAACGGGACCGAGUGAUACAAAUUUAUUUCCCAAAAGAAGGUCGUAGAGUUUUGACACCAAUAAUUUUCAAGGAAGAAAAUCUUAAGAUCAUGUACAGCCAGGACCGGUAUGCUGAUGUCCUCAAUCUCUGUGUUGCCCAGUUUGAGCCAGAUUCUGCUGAAUAUAUCAAAGUUCAUCAUCAGACCUAUGAAGAUAUAGAUAAACAUGGAAAGUAUGACCUUUUACGUUCAACCAGACACUUUGGUGGAAUGGCUUGGUAUUUUGUAAAUAAGAAAAAGAUUGAUGGUUUACUGAUUGACCAGAUUAAAAGAGAUUUAGUUGAUGAUGCCACCAGCUUGAUCCAGCUGUAUCACAUCCUCUAUCCAGAGGGCCAGUCAGCUCAAGAGGCCAAGGAGCAGGCUGCUGAGGGAGUACAUUUAAUUAAGGUCUUUGCAAAAACAGAAGCACAGAAUGGAGCAUAUAUAGAAUUAACACUGCAAGCUUAUCAAGAAGCACUCAUAAGCCACUCUGCAGCUUCCUGAAAAUACUUUCUAAAUAAAUUUCAUUUUACUAAGUUUUUAA